AUGUCAUCUAAAUACACCAAUGCGAUGUCCCGGCGUAAUGCACCUAAUACUGAAUUGAUUACCCGUUGGAAUGUUGAUGGUGUCUUUGAUAAUCCAAAUGGCAUUAUCAAAAUUGUGUUAGGAAAUAGAGAAAUAGCGACCGAUCGACCGGAAUUUAUUUUGAAACGCUUCCUUAGAAUCAAAGACUAUAUGGGUGACAAUUUACUUGAACAAGCAAAACGAGCAGAAGCAGCAACAUCAUUGGCUCAACUAUCAACAAUUACGACCACAACAACGGUAGAAACAGACGAUACAACAGCAGCAAUAAGACGGACUUCGAAUUCACCAAAUUCUGGUAAUUCUCAUCCACAGCAGCCAAAAUGGGACACACAAGAUUAUCGAAGAAGUGAACCAACUUAUUAUGGAGGUAGUCGUCCCCAAUAG